AUGAGCUGCGCUGGCUGUGGCAGCUGGCACUCGAUCCAAGCGACUUGUAGCGCGUGCGACCACGUUGCAUCGACGCGCGACAAGCUCGUCGUCGUGCUACGGCGGCUGCGAACGCUGCACAAGCGAGGCCACGUCAUCAAAUGGACGAUGGAAUGCAACCUGUGCAAAAUGACGUUCGACUUUAGCACCACGUGCGCUGGCUGCAACGCGCCAAGUCCGGCCACGUCGGACGACGACAUGUUCAAAGAAGGCGACGCGGUUGCGCUACAGCGCCUUCUCGCCAUCUCGUGUCGCCCCAACUGCACGGACGAGGACGGCAACGCACUUGUCCACAUCGCCGUGCGUUCGAACAACCUCGCCGUCUUAGAAGUCUUGCUCAAAGCCCCCGGUGUCGACCUGGACGCGACCAGUUCGGACGGAAAGACGGCACUGGCCGAAGCCAUCGCCUGCGGCGACAUGAGAGCCGUGCGCGCGCUGCACAGUGCGCUCACCGUCUCGGUAGGCACGGUGGCUAGAGACGAGAUGCCAACGCCAGGCGAGCCGAUCGGCCUCCGAAUCGCCGAAAAGCGCUUCCUCUCGCCAGCGGGCAACGAGUCUGUCGACGCGAUCCUCUCGUUCUCGUCGCCGUUCGUGGUGCCCAUCUAUGCAUUGGACGGGCCCAAUACCGUCGCCGUCGAGGCGAUGGACGAAGGAAGUCUUCGGAACCUCCUCCUUCACGUGCCGCGCGAGUACCACUAUGGUCGGUACAAGUUGCUUCAAGUCCAAGUCGCGUACUGCGUCGCCAACGCGCUCGCCGAUUGCCAUGCCAGCGGCCUCGUGCACGGCCAUCUCUCGAGCGAGAACGUCUUCUUUUCCCGCCGGCAGUUUAUCAAGGUCGGCGUUCCUGGGACGACGCCGGACAGCGACGAUGCCAACUCGAUGCUGCGGUGGACAGCGCCCGAGGUCCUCGUUGGGGCUGGUCGCACCACCGCAUCGGACGUCUACGCACUGGGUGUGAUUUUGACCGAGCUCGACACCCACGAGCUGCCGUAUGGCGAAGACGAAGUCGACGAAGCCGUGCUGCGGGAUCUGGUGUCAAACGGUUUCCGCCCGCCUCUCUCGGAGGAUUGCGAGGAAGACUACGCCAACUUGGUCGCUCACUGCGUGGCCCCAGAACCGAGUGAUCGAAUGACCGCGGCCGAGGUCGCAGCGAUUCUGCAGCCAAUACUGCAUGCUGCCGUCGUCCAUUUCGGUAUCUAA